AUGAGUCAGACAAGUAUAGUGUACGUUCCUAUGAAGGGAAGUCCAUCGAGGUUCACGGUAAUUGGUGAACCACAGUCAGGGGAAUCCAGGAUCUCAUGUGUGUCGGAGUCGUCUGGGUCUAUGUUAUGGUUUACUCCAGUAGAACGGUUCCAAUGUACAUUGUCGCUUCGUGCGGGAGGUAUGCCCAUCAAUGGUGUCUCGCAGGACUUUUUGAUAACAAUGCCUGAAGGAGGCAGUACGGAGCCCAUGCCCGUUCAUGCAUGGGGUCCCACGCUCUUUAUUCAAGGAGCAACUCCACCGAUAAUAAACAAUGUGUCGUCUCCGAGGACGUCUAAUCAACUCUUUAGUGUACUUGUUACAUUCACACCACUAUCACGUUCCAUUGCCUCUACCUCCGGAACACUUGUGUACGCCGAUAUCAUAGAAUUAAAGAGGGAGAGUGGCGGUGAAGUUUCCCUCACGUUGAUGGGUUCUGGGUUAAGUCCCAGCAACAAGUAUGGCGUGCGAUCGACGCCUGAAUGUGUCGAGGGCGUUGACAGCGAGGCUAGGGUGACUAGUAGUAAGAUGUCCACCACCGAAUUACAAUUGUCUGUGAAGGUGGCAGAAGGGCCCUUUUAUCUUUGCUUUGCACCCAGUGAUCAGCCGGAACGUUGGCAAUCACUUUCAAGCGAAGCGUUGGAUUACAAAUCCAGUGGUGGUUUGGAUAAAUGGAAAACUCUUUUAAUUGUUGGGGUUAUACUUCUUUUAUUACUAUUAAUACUUCUGGUGGUGGUGGUGUGGCGGGUAUGCAUGUUCAAGCGUCGAGAAGAAACACAGUACGUACAGAAGGCAGUUUACAUGCCACCGCGUGCCAAUUACCGUUUCCUCCGCCGUGACAGAACUGAAACACAAACAACGGAGAAUUUGACUCCGUCUGCCCCAACCACGACAUCCCAACCCUCAGCAGAACGAAAGGAGAUGGUUCCAUCACCGAUGAGGCGGAGCAACCACAAGGUGCGUAUUAAUAUCCAUGACCAUGAUGCGUAUUCGGAUGUUGAAGUAGAAGGGGAUGGUGAGACGAAGUUGCGCCCCGUGGCUCCAGGGGGCUUCAAGAAACGUGAAAGCAAUGGGGAAAUGAAAAAAGAUUCACAUAAGUUUGUGGAGCUGGAUUCCAGCGAAGACGAAACGUCUCGUUUUAUUCCAUCCGUGCCACCACCAAAGCCGCCAAGAGACGAUGACGUCAUUCCACUUAUUGGGGCAGUGGAACAGGCUACGGAUGCACGGCUAGGGGCGGGUGAGGAGACAUCGCGCUCUGGACCGUACCAACAUUUACAUCGGCAGCCUCAAGAGCGGCCACCGAUGGAAGCGCAGUUCUCACCCUCCUCCAAUGCGGCGGCGGCGGCAACAAGCACAACAACAACAACGGCCAUGGGCGAAGACGCCGACAGAGGUCAACAGUGGGUGGGGCCUUUUUUGGUGAGAGGACACACUUCCAGGCCGAUGGUGGAUCAAAAUUCCCCUUCAAAUGGCACUGUCAGAAAUGGUGACAGACGGAAUGGGAAUUAA